AUGACCGACACUAAGUACGAUUUUUUCUUGUCGAUAACUCCAAAACGGGACAAUCAAUCUGGUAACCACACGAACGUUUAUUCUGUGAAUGUGACGAUCUUUACGUCUGGGGUCGCUGAAACUGUCUCUGAUCGAUUUCUUUCUGUUACGCUCGACUCAGGCCUCCUGAAAACUAAUUGGCAGAAUUUAAAUUUCAGAUCUCGCAAAGUGAUAAAUCUGGCCAGAGAAUUGAGUCCAAUGGUGACCUCCUGUUCUUUUUCUUUUCUUCUCUCUUUUUUCUUUGUUAUUUUUAUCUCACCUUAUUUUCUUUUUCUUUCUUCUCCUUUUCUUCUACUUUUUUCUCACCUUCUGUUCUUUUUUCCUUCUGUCUUCCCUGGUUCCUCUUUUUCUAUUAACCUUCUCUUCAUUUUUCUUUACUUCAUUCACUUCUCUUUUCACUGCUCUUCACCUUUUCCUUUUUCUUUUCAAUUUCUUCUUCUUCUUCUCUUCAAUGUCUUCCUCUUCUUUUUCUUCAAUUUCUUCUCAUUCUCUGCAAUUUCUUCUUCUUCUCUGCAAUUUCUUCUUCUCCUUUUCUUCAAUUUCUUCUUCUCCCCCUCUUCAAUUUCUUCUGCUCCUUCUCUUCAAUUUCUUCUUCUUCUUCUUCUCCUUCUCUUCAAUUUCUUCUUCUCCUUCUCUUCAAUUUCUUCUUCUCCUUCUCUUCAAUUUCUUCUUCUCCUUCUCUUCAAUUUCUUCUUCUCCUUCUAUUUCUUCUUCUUCCCCUCUUCAAUUUCUUCUUCUUCUUCUUCUCCUUCUCUUCAAUUUCUUCUUCUCCUUCUCUUCAAUUUCUUCUUCUCCCCCUCUUCAAUUUCUUCUGCUCCUUCUCUUCAAUUUCUUCUUCUUCUCCUUCUCUUCAAUUUCUUCUUCUUCUCCUUCUCUUCAAUUUCUUCUUCUUCUCCUUCUCUUCAAUUUCUUCUUCUUCUCCUUCUCUUCAAUUUCUUCUUCUCCUUCUAUUUCUUCUUCAUCCCCUCUUCAAUUUCUUCUUCUUCUUCUUCUUCUUCUUCUUCUGCUCCUUCUCUUCAAUUUCUUCUUCUUCUUCUUCUCUUCAAUUUCUUCUUCUCCUAUUUCUUCUUCUUCCCCUCUUCAAUUUCUUCUUCUUCUUCUCCUCCUUCUCUGCAAUUUCUUCUUCUUCUGCUCCUUCUCUUCAAUUUCUUCUUCUCCUUCUCUUCAAUUUCCUCUUCUUCUUCUUUCCAUUCAUUACUUCCCUUUCCUUUCUUUUUUAUCUUCUCCUCCUCUUAUAUGCCUUUCUUUUUCCUUCUUCAUUUUGUACAGGGAAGCAAACAAGUCAGGACUCAAAUUGAUGAACUGUUUACUUUUGCUUCCAAUGUUAACUGGGGUGUCAUCUUUGGGCUUAACAUGCUUAACCGAAACCCUGUUUCUUGGGAACCUUGGGAUGCCUUCAAACUAAUCACUUACAUCCACAAGAAAGGCUAUAAGCUUGCUGGACUUGAAAUGGGUAACGAACCAGAUGUGUACAACCUAAUCCUAGCCCAUCCACCUGACCCGAAAAUAAUGGGGACCGACUUCCAAAAUUUACGCACCCUGAUGAGGCUGAUCCCUUUCCUAAAUAACAGUUUACUACUUGGUCCUGAUGUCACCAAUAUGUGCACAAAUAAUGGGGGCUACAUUAAAUUUUUUAGCAGGUAA